AUGGUACUGCGCGUCGACCUGGACGCGCGCUUGCAGGCGUUUGAGAACAUGGCGACGGUGGAGUCCGAGGGCUUGAAGGGGCGCCGGGCGGCUCUGCUGGAGCACUCCCUGCUCGCCCGCAUCUACUCCGGCGAGCUCCAUGUGUGCUGGGCGCGGCUGGGGGCUCUGACUUCCAACGACACGCGCGCGGCGCUGGUGGGGCUGCUGGUGCGCUGCAUGGCCGCGCCGCACGACGAUGUCGAGGGCCAAACGACACGAUCAGGCGCCGCGGUGCAGGUGGCUGACAUGGGGCCCCUCCUGCCCGUAGAACUGGCCGGCCUGGCCGCCGAGAUGCUGCGCGCUCUGCUUUCUUUGUGCGGUGCCAUGGAGGGCGCAGGCCUCUUCCACCGAAUACACAGGGGCAGGACCGGCGCGCACCAGAACCACCGCAUGGGGCUGGACAGGGCGCUGCUGGCUGCGGCCUGGGAGGGCGGGGCGGGCUGCAGCGACGCCGGGGCGUGCGCCGUGCUGGCGGCCCUCCCGCCCCGCGACCGCCUGCGCCUGCUGGGGCUGCUCGUGGCUCGCCAGUUCCAGCGCAGCACAAUCCAGGACCAGGUGCCCGAGGGCCCCAGCGCCGCGCUUUCCAAGGCCGCGCACCUCCUGGAGGACGGCGCGGACGCUUGGGGGUACGUGGACGUUGACCCCGGCGCCGCGCUGGCCUUCGUCCUCUCCGACCUGGCCGCCCCCACGGCGCGCUCCUUCCAGAGCCUCAGCCGGCUGGCGGUGGUGGUGGGCGGCCUGGCCAGUGCCCUGGCCGGGCAGCCGGGCCUGCUGGCGAGGGGCGCCGGCGCGGAGCGGGUGCCGGCCGACGUGCCUGCCGCCCUCCAGGCGGCCCUGCGCGGCAUCGUCGACAAGGCCGGGCGGACAUCGCUGGGUGCCUCCCAGGACCUGUCGAGGACGGCCCUGUUUCAGCUCAUGUACUCCCAGAUGGCUGUGGAGUCGCUGGCGGCACGCAUGCAGACGGCGGCAUGA